GCUCGGGGUGGGCAGCCUUUGGGUUAUGGGCAUCCUGCUAGGGUAGCCCUUGGACGUUCAGGCUGUUCGCAGAGGCUCUGAUGGUUGUUUGCUGGGAUCAGAAGAGGUUGCUUGGUUAUUAUUCUCUUUUGUUAAACAAUGUGGCCAGCAUUCCUGGAAUAAUGGCUGGACUUGCCUCAAGGAGACUGGGCUUUCGAGCAAUAACAUGGUCAGCAAUGCCAUGUAAUUGAGAAACCAUCUCGCAGUGAUUAUCAGACCCGGGGCAGGUUUUGCAGUCAUACGCAUGACAGAGCUCCUGUCGUGUGCAUCUUUGCUCUCAGUGAUGGCAGUGCAGCUGCACUGAGUUGCAGCGCUUUCAUUGCGGGCUGAAUUUUGACGUGUGGCUCUAUCCUCCGAAGUGGAGCUGAAUUGUUUUCUUUACAGUGGUUUAUUCAGAAUGCACCUCCUCGUGUGUUAGUCUAAUUUUGUGUCUUUGGAAAGAUGUGCCUGCCGUUCAAAUUUGCAUGUAAAAUCCAUGCAGUAGUGAGUUUACAGAUGGCAAUGCAGUCUCCAUACCUCAAGUCCCAGUAUAUAGACACACAUAUAUGCAACCUUUCCAGUUACCUUUUGACACAGCUCUCCAUAUCCAUUUCCUGAUGAAACGCUUAUGUAAAUAACCGGAGUUCAUACUGUGCCCUCGAAGAUCAGUAAAUAUGGGAGGUGAUUUCGGGGAAGCUGAUCUCAGACCUCUCCGUGGUGCAUGCACUAAACAAAUGCCAGUUUUCAAAGCACUCACGACGGUCCCAAGGGAGUGGUGCUGACAAUGGUGCUAGUUAUUAGCGGGACUGUCUGCUGUUUGAUGACUGUAGUUUCGUAAAGUGAGCGUGUAUUCUUAUUCCUUUGCUGAGCUCAUAGUGCAAACACUUGCUGGCAUUGUUACACCAAGCAGUCCUGUCAGCUUUAUUCUGUUCUCCUGUUGUAGACCCAGUGCCCAAGAAAGGGUGCUUUUGUCAAAGUACUCGUGCUUAAAAUUCCUCUGCCUGUCCUCCAGGAAGGGUUGUUGUGCUGGGUUGCUGUCAAAAGUUAAGGAUUAUUGGGUUAUGGACUAAGACUAAACCUUAUUCGGGCUGACAACUGAAGAACUUUCAGCAGGUCAUUCAAAGGCUCUCCUUAGAUCCGUUUCUCCUGUUUAGCAUGAGGUGGUUGUGCUUGCCACCUGUGUUAAAUGCUUGGAGAUUGGAAUGGAAGGUACUCCUGCAAACGGUACCGUGUCUCAGCAGUUGCCAUUGUUUGCUCUGCUGUGAAUUUCCAGGCUGGUUUCAGGGGAGCCCUUUAGACGAGCUUCAUGUCCUGCUGAGAAUGGCUGUGUUACUGCCCAGCUGCUACCUUGUGACUGCAGAACAAAGGAUUUUUAGAAAAAAGACUGCAUUCUGUUCUCUGACAGGGUAUGGGUGCAGCAGAGAAACGUGGCCAGAAGGGUUGCUGUCUCAACAGAUGAGAAAGUGAAAGCCACGACUGGACAGAGAAAAUGACUUUUUUCCCCAGGGACACGUGUUGCUGCAGUCUUUCAUGCCUGUGAGUGUUGCAACACCACGACCCCACAGCCACCUCGCCAUUAUCAGUAUUAUCAAGCUUUCUAUUUGCACAGUUCUGAGUGCAGAACUGGUGCCUGCAGAGUAAAAAGUCCUGCUUCCCUCCUGCCUCUGCUGCUCAUCAGUACAGUGUGAAGCAUCAGUACCUGUUGGCAUGACCUGAAGCCCUGGAGAAAGAUCAAAAGAAGCCCCUGGUGAGCAGAAGGCUCUGAAGACAUACUUCGUGUGCUUGGGAGGGAGUUGGCAGGUGGUGUUUCCGUGUAGCAAGGCAUAUGAUACUCAGCACAGAUCUAGAGGCUUGGCUGGAAAUGUUGGUUGAGAUACACUUUAUACUGCUGUUCAGUCGACAGGGGAAAUUAAGGCUUCAGAAAUGGUAUACGACACUACCUGAGAAAGAGAAGAAAAAGAUCGUUCGAGAAAUUGUUCAGAUUGUUUUGUCUCGCAAUCAAAAAACAAGUAGUUUUGUUGACUGGAAAGACCUCAAGCUUGUUUACAAAAGAUAUGCUAGUUUGUAUUUCUGUUGUGCAAUAGAAGAGCAGGAUAACGAGCUCCUGACGCUAGAGGUCGUUCAUCGAUAUGUGGAACUCCUGGACAGAUACUUUGGAAAUGUAAGUUUCACUCUCCGACAUGAAUUGUGUUUCUGGCUGACUGAUAAACAGACAUCAAUAACUGCUUUGUUUUGUGUUUCUUUCUACACUAAUUGCUCCAUACUCUUCCUCAGUCCAGAGGGAAAUUAAUAAUUAGAGUAUUUC